GGGUGGGUGUGCUCACUAUCCCAAACUACAGCGACGUCCCAAACUACAGCGACGAGAGUCGCUCGCUCGGCGUCCUCCUACAGCUCGACGCGGCGCGGUCGUGCUGUUAUGCGCUGGUGCCCUUCGUGCCCCAGUUAUGAACUUCGCGUCCAUGCCAUCCGCCGGCAACAUGCAGCUCAAUAUGGACAUCUUUCGAGACUUGAUGUCCUCCGGACCCAUGGAUAGCUCCUUGCAACAGCAGCAGCAACAACCACAGACGAUACCGGCUGCACCUCAGGCACUUCUCGAGCAGCAGAUGCGGCUUGCCCAGCUCCAGCAGCUGCAGCAACUUCAAAAUCAGAUCUUCCAGCAGCAGCUUGAGCUCCUCAGCAGUCAGAACUCGUUUGCAACGCUGCUUGCGGACCGCCAGAGGGACCAGCAGCAGCAGCAACAAUAUGGACUUCCUACUCCAUCGCCCUCAACCACUCACCCAAGCCCGGACUUUGUCUCUCCGAUGCUCAUACAAACAAGCGGCGGCACCCUCUCCAGCGUCCCCCAAAGCCAGCAGCUUCCGCCAGGUCAGGUGCUCUCGGACUACAUACCCUCGCACAUGAUACCCCCGACGCCGCAUUCAGCGCCUGCGCAUAUAGCCUUUCAAGCAAGCCCGCCGCUCUCGCUGCCUUCGUCCGCGGAGCUCGACUUCAGCGACAUCUCCCCGCUAACGAGUCCAUGGCUCGGUGCGUAUACACAUCCGGCGUCCCAGGCCGUGCCUUCGCGCCCCAGCAGCAGCAACACUGGUACAGGGAGCAAGCGCCGGAACGCAUCCUCGAGCGGCGACGAGUCUGCGCUGUCGAAACCCUCGCGGAAGCGGCAGUCCUCCGUGCGCAUAAGCCCAAGGGCUAAUUCUGGCGCUGGUUGCAGUACGAAUGCAAGUCAGAAGAAGGCUGCAUUGCGAGGGACGCGGUCCGCGAACUCGACACCGCUAUUUCCUGCGCUGGCGCGUCCAAUUGCCCCCGGUGUGAACAUGGGAGACAUCCCGGGCGACUCGCCAUCGCCUAUCGAGCUGCCCCCGAUGCCGCCUCCUGCGCAGCUCCCACCAUCUGUGUCUGCGCAGGCGAACGCGCCGCCGUCCGUCAGCAUCAUGCCCGUCACACCCGCGAGUAUCAUGAACCUAGGCAGACUGAGCGUGAGUAGCGGGCUUGUGCCGCCUCAGGGUGCGCAGGAUUCUACAGGGUCGAAGAAGAAGGAGGGGUCGUCGAGGGGAAAGUCAGGUGCGGCUGGGGAGCCACAUAAGGCAACGAAGGCGGGCGAAAAACCCGGAUCUGUACCACUAGUUAGCCCGGUAUUGAAGCCGAUUCUUCCGGCCGGUAAUGCUCCAGUAACAGCGGGCAAUACAUCACCCUGUUCGGUCGCGGAGCCCUUCCGCAAAACCUCGCACAAGGCCGCCGAGCAAAAGAGGCGUGACUCGCUCAAAACGUCAUUCGACGACCUGCGGCUACUCCUGCCACCAAUACCCCUGCCCUCCGAAGAAGGCUUCCCGGACGAGCCGCUGCUCCCAGGUGCGAUGCCGCCACGGGGGCCGCCGAAGGGCAACGUGGAGGGCCCGAACCGUGGCGUGAGCAAGCUGCAGCUGUUGCGGUGCGGGAAUGAUUACAUAAGGGUGCUCAAAGGGCGCGUGGAGAGGCGCGAUGAGGAGAUCGAACGGCUCAGGAUCGAGAUGGCGAGGCUGAGGGUGCUCGCUGGACCCGAGGAGGCUGGUGAGGUGGAUCUGGAGAAGGAUUUAGAUGCGGUGGAGGCGACGAUGGGCGGGCUGUUUGGGAAGGGACAGAUGGGCUACUCGAUGAACGCGUCGGCGGCGGAAGGGGAAGAUAGGGAGGGGGCGGAAGGCGAGGGCGAAGAGCCGUAGCCCGAAGUUGGCGAUUGUUUUAUUGACUGUUCUGCGGGUUUCGUGAACUUGGGUAAUAGUAUCUUUUCCAUAGACGCGACUAUGCAUGUAUCAUUAGAUAUACCCGGCUGCCUUUUCACUGGUUGAGAGACUCGAACGUCGAGCUUGCCGGUGUAUAUUGGUUAACCCUACUUCCGAGUCCUUCUGAUAUGCAGCCUGAUCAGCAUUGGAUGGCAUUUCAUACCGACAUAGUCGCGUAGAGUGUUCCUGGAGGAGCAUGAUCAUAGUGCAGGUUUUCACGUUAAUUGUGUCUAAGUAAUAACGAUAAUAUUCAUCCCAUCUAUG